AUGCGAAUAGGAUUAGCUAAACCUAUUCAUGGGAUUUAUGAACAAUUGAGUGUUCUUUCGUGUGUGGAGACUAUAAGCGUAUUGGUUAAAAUCAGCCUUACUACCUUUGAUAGAGUCUCAUCCCUUGUGAUUGUAUUCUCCAAAGUGUUGGUGUUUGUUCUUUCCAAUUCCUUUUUAGGUGGGAAAAGUUUCAUUGCAAGAAGAAAGAUGUGCAAGAGAAGUGGCCAAGCCAAGGAUGAAAUCAGUGUUCUCCUUCAAAGCCCUUUUGCUGUCUCUUUAUGGGAGCUUACUCCAAUCCUUGUCAAGGCAGACUCCCUUUCAUCUUUGAAACUUAUGCUUCAGGAUCAAAAUACAGCUUACCGCGCCUAUGCUAUCUCGAUUAUUGUUGUUGGGACAUUGAUACCUAAGGCAGUUCAUAUAGCUGGUGUAAUUUCAGGUCUCGAGACACUAGAUGUGUUGUCCGACCCACAAGUGCUCAUCUCCUUCAUCAACUUGGAAGGAUUCACGAUUGAGCUUGAAGAUUGGUUCUUCGAGAUAAGCUUUUUAAGCUUCUCACCCCUAACUAUCUCUUUCUUUUCCAUACCUCUUGAAUAUUGUAAAAGUUGUUUUAUUAGUUAA